AUGCCUUACGGCAGAUUCCACGACAUCCGCAGAGGUCGGCCAUCUUUGUACGGGAAAGUUGUCGGAGUUUCUGUGGAACGCAAUGUGAGUGUGGAAUCUCACCGACAACCUCCUCCUCUCAAGAAAAGUGUCCCAGUGUCUUCAGAGCCGUGUAAAAACUGCAGGAGGAUUGUCAGCAUCGUAGGGAAAAGUUACGGUAAACCCUGGAAGAGGCAGGAGGAGAAUUACCAGAAGUUCAGCUCUCUACUGAACAGUAAUUGCCACGGGGCUGAAUAUGCCAUUGUCACCCAGAACAACACUCCACUGGGAUCGCACAUUGUUUACAGUGGAGACCCGACGAAGUCCAUUGAAGUGACACCAGCUCUAUUCAGUAACUUUCCAGAGGACCAUCCUUUUCCCAAUAAGAAAUUCGACUCUUGCUCCGUGGUGGGGAACGGUGGGAUCCUGAUCGACAGCAAAUGUGGAAAACAAAUUGAUUCAGCUGACUUUGUGAUCAGAUGCAACCUCGCACCUUUGGACAGUGAAUGGGAGGAACACGUCGGCAAGAAGACUAACCUUGUGACAGCAAACCCGAGCAUCUUCCAGCAUAAGUUCUCCUCUCUGGACAACCAUCGUCGUCCAUUUGUGGAGAGUCUGCAACACUUCAGAGACGCCAUGCUGCUCAUGCCAACUUUCUCCUUUCGCUUGAACACUUUUCUGUGUCAGCGGGCCAUCUAUGCCAUCAGAGACUUUGAAAGUCCCAUUAGACCUGUCUCUUUUAACCCUGAAUAUCUGAGGAAUCUGUCUAUCUACUGGCGCUCAGAAGGCCUGAAGGAAGCUCGGCUCAGCACUGGCUUUAUGAUGGUUAAUCUGGCGCUGGAACUGUGCAACAGCGUGGAUCUGUAUGGAUUCUGGCCUUUCGGUUUCCACCCUCGGGACUUCCAUCCCCUGACGAACCACUACUACGAUGACAGACAGGUCCGAAAGAGAUAUCACUCCAUGCCAGCGGAGUUCGACCGCCUGCUGAAGCUGCACAGUCAGGGCAUCCUCAGGAUUCACCUGGGAGACUGUGAAGCAGAGAUGAAUGAGCCUGUAAAAACUGUAAAAACUGUAAAAAGAAGAAGGAGAAGAAAGCAUCGAGGGUCUAACUGA